AUGCGGGUACAUUCUGAAAGGGAAAGACUGCCAAGUUUGCUGGCGCUUGAGAUAGCAUCACCGGAACAUCUCCAUGUACCAUAUACUACAUAUACCGAGCACGAAAGCAACUGCCUUGAGCCUCUAGGUCAUGCUUGCGUCUUGUUGACUGGUCUGUCACUCCGCUCGGCUCUUUUGCUGCGAUCCCAUGUUCUCAAACCAUGUCCUAAUUUGGGCACGCAAGGAUCCACUGUCGAAACAAUAGCUUUACUUGCUUUCUGA